AUGUUCCCCCCACCCCCACCCGAAGAGCUCCUCGCUCAUCUGAACCUCUACCGCGAACGCCUAUUUCAACGCGUCCAUCGAACUCCUCGAGACGAUUCCGAAGAUGUACCCCUUUUCUCACUAUAUCGGCUCUACGAGCAUCUAACUCUGAACGACAAUAUCGGCUUACGAAACGAACUCGAAUACUUUUGGUAUGCAAGAUGGCCUAUUGCCUCCAUUCCUGAUCCCCAGGACGCGUGUAAAUCCCGAUACGCGGUUCUUGCUGCUAUACCAGCCUUGUUGGUUGAAUCAUUCAACGCCUGUAUCAAAUUGGGCCUACCGCGAAAAGCAGACAGUAUCAUCUCGCGCGAGGAAUUAGAAAAAUACCAGAAGGAGGACAAAAUCUUCGAAUCGGUCCCCGAAUGGUCGAAUCAGGUGUCGCGACUAGAAGAAACCCUAGUGAUUCCGCACGAUAAUGAUGAAGUUCUUGAUUCGUUUGAGGAUGUAAGGGCGAGUUCUCAACUGGCAGCGAAGAAUAUUCUACAUUGGCAGCCGCAUAUUCAUUUUAUCUAG